AUGUACUAUUCCCCUUUAAUUAUAACAUCAACCCUAAUUAUAAUUUUUAUUAUUUUAACAUACCCUAUUUUAGUUACCCUUACCCCUAAUGACCAAGACCCCUACCAAAACAUUGAAAAAACCAAAACAGCUGUAAAAAUAGCAUUCUUUGUUAGCCUAAUUCCCCUCUCCCUUUUUCUCAAUGAAGGUACAGAAAUUAUCUCCACCAACUGAAGUUGAAUAAAUACACUUCUAUUUGAUAUUAACAUAAGCCUAAAGUUCGAUUUUUACUCUAUUAUUUUUACACCUAUUGCACUCUAUGUUACAUGAUCUAUUCUUGAAUUUGCAUCCUGAUAUAUACACUCGGAUCCUUAUAAAGACCGUUUCUUUAAAUAUCUUCUAAUUUUUUUAAUUGCUAUAAUUAUUCUUGUUACAGCAAACAACUUAUUUCAACUAUUUAUUGGAUGAGAAGGAGUAGGAAUUAUAUCCUUCCUACUAAUUGGGUGAUGAUACGGACGAGCAGACGCCAACACCGCAGCACUACAAGCCGUCCUAUAUAACCGUGUUGGAGACAUUGGACUAAUUUUAGCUAUAGCCUGAAUUGCAAUAAACCUUAACUCCUGAGAACUUCAACAAGUAUUUUCAUCUACCAAUAAUAUAGACCUCACCCUCCCUCUUCUGGGUCUAAUUUUAGCUGCAACAGGAAAAUCAGCCCAAUUUGGACUCCACCCCUGACUACCCUCAGCAAUAGAAGGCCCCACACCGGUCUCUGCCCUACUACAUUCUAGUACUAUAGUUGUAGCUGGAAUUUUUCUCUUAAUCCGGAUCAGCCCUAUUAUAGAAAACAACCAAACAGCCCUUACCACCUGUCUCUGUUUAGGAGCCCUAACAACACUCUUUGCCGCAACAUGUGCCCUAACACAAAAUGAUAUUAAAAAAAUCGUUGCAUUCUCUACAUCAAGUCAACUAGGAUUAAUAAUAGUUGCUAUUGGCCUUAAUCAGCCUCAACUCGCAUUUCUUCACAUCUGUACCCACGCCUUUUUUAAAGCCAUGUUAUUCCUAUGCUCCGGAUCCAUCAUCCACAGCCUUAAUGACGAACAAGACAUCCGAAAAAUAGGAGGAAUACACCACCUCACACCACUGACAUCCUCCUGCCUCACUAUUGGCAGCCUAGCUCUUACAGGUACACCUUUCUUAGCCGGGUUCUUCUCUAAAGAUGCAAUCAUUGAGGCCCUAAACACAUCUUACCUUAACGCCUGAGCCCUAGCCUUAACCCUUUUAGCGACAUCUUUUACAGCUGUUUAUAGCCUUCGAGUAGUGUUCUUUGUUUCAAUAGGACACCCACGAUUUAACUCCCUAUCCCCUAUUAAUGAAAACAACCCAGCAGUAAUUAACCCAAUUAAACGACUAGCAUGAGGAAGUAUCUUCGCCGGCCUUUUAAUUAUGACAAACAUUACCCCACUAAAAACCCCCGUAAUAUCUAUACCCUUUACCCUAAAAAUGGCCGCCAUCAUCGUUACAGUUAUUGGCCUUCUUACAGCCCUAGAACUUGCAUCCAUGACAACUAAACAAAUUAAAACUAACCCUAAUCCCACCACCCACCACUUCUCUAAUAUGUUAGGAUUCUUUCCCGCUAUUACUCAUCGCCUAGCUCCUAAACUAAACCUUACCUUAGGACAAUUUAUUGCAUCCCAAACAAUUGAUCAAACCUGAUUAGAGAAAUCUGGUCCUAAAGCAGUUGCCUCUACAAGCAUCCCCAUUAUUUUAACUACGGACAAUAUUCAACGGGGAAUAAUUAAAACUUACCUCUCACUAUUCUUCUUUACAAUAACACUAGCUAUUCUGCUAUUAUAUUAA